GGCAGCCGGGCUGCUGGUCGCGUUGAAGCAGAAUGCCUAGAUAGCACACGCUAUCUCUAUCAUUCUCUCUAUCGACAUCAUCUCCGUGACCAUUACAGUCACCAUGGCUGACCCUCAACCCCAGGCGUCACAGCGCCCAUCCUACAAUCCCCUCAUCAACAUGGCGAACUCCAAGCCCGUCAUGGUCGACGACCACCUCGAAGACAGCCAACACAUCUUCCUAACCCGCCCCAUCUUCGGCGCCCUGCUGUUCGAAAACUCCACCUCCGACGCCCGCGACCACUGCGCCAACGAACGAACCUUUCUCUCCUGGCUCCGCCUCUCCAUGUACCUGGGCGUGGUGUCCCUGGCCAUCAUCAUCUCGUUCCACUUCCACGGCGAGCCCACGGGCCUCGAGCGCCGCAUGGCCCUGCCGCUGGGCAUCAUCUUCUGGGUGCUGAGCAUCGCGUCGCUGGUGAACGGGUUCGCGAACUACGUGCGCACAGUGCGGAAGUAUAGUCGGCGGGCGGCGCUGGUGCAGAGCGGCUGGAAGACGCAGAUGACGUUUACAGUGGUCGGCACGGCCAUCUUGGGCAGCUGUAUAUUGUUUCUGGCGACGGAUGCGAAGUCGUCGAAUUAGUCGUCUACAUACUCUACUGGACAUACGGGUGAGGUGCAAUGUAAAUACUGGUUCAUUCACUUCGGCUUCAAAUUGUGAUAAAAUAUUCAACUGGCUGGU